CCUUACAAGUAAACACACAAAAAAAAUCGUGAGGAAAGCGCUCGCGCCCGCCGCCGUAACGGCCGUGGAUGCAGGGAACGGUCGACGGAAACGUGAAAACGGCCGUUAAUUUUCCGUUUUCCUCCGUGUUUUUUUUUUCCAGACGGCCCGUGGGGGCUCCGGAGCCAGCCGUGGCGAUGAGGGGAGAGGCGGAAGUGAAGUCACUUGACAGACCGUCCAUGUUAUUAUUGUUAUUUUGGUUGGCCCUGUGAUGAGACGGGCUGGGGAGCCGUUGCUCUCCGAGACAGCCGCGUUUCCGACACCGCAGGCCGCCGCGGACCGACACCGACACCGCCCUCGCCACCGCCUCCCCGCCGACCCGGACCCGGAGACCGGAGCCUCGCUGGCGGCUGGGGGCAGGAGGAGGAGGAGGAGGGGGAGGAGGGCGUGAAGAGCCCCGCUAUACGGCUCAGCUCCGACCGAAAAAUCACCGAAAAAAUUCAAAAAUAAAACGGCGACAGAAGCGAUAACGGCUGUCUCGUCCAACGGCUCUGGCACGCGCACGCCGCCGCAGACAUGAACGGGAUCACCAAGGGCCGGUUCGAGGUGUUCUCAAACAGUGAUGAGGCCCCCAUCAACAAGAAGCUCCCCAAAGAGCUUCUUCUCAGAAUAUUCUCCUAUCUAGACGUGGUCACACUCUGCAGGUGUGCACAGGUAUCCAAGGCGUGGAACGUCCUGGCCCUAGAUGGCAGCAACUGGCAGAAGAUCGACCUGUUCAACUUCCAGACAGACAUAGAGGGGCGCGUGGUGGAGAACAUUUCAAAGCGAUGUGGCGGCUUCCUGAGGCAGCUCAGCCUCCGGGGCUGCCUGAGCGUCGGAGACGCCUCCAUGAAGACGUUUGCUCAGAACUGCAGAAACAUUGAAAUGUUGAACCUGAACGGCUGCACAAAGAUCACCGACAGCACCUGCCUCAGUCUCAGCAAGUUUUGCUCCAAGCUCAAACACUUAGAUCUCACCUCCUGUGUGUCCGUCAGCAACCACUCCCUCAAAGCCCUCAGUGAUGGCUGCAGAAUGCUGGAGACGUUGAACCUGUCGUGGUGUGACCAGAUCACGCGCGAUGGCAUCGAGGCCCUCGCCAGAGGCUGCAGCUGUUUACGAGCACUGUUUCUCAGAGGCUGCACACAGCUGGAGGACGGAGCUCUGAAGCAACUACAGAAACACUGCCCUGAACUCACCACCAUCAACAUGCAGUCCUGCACACAAAUAACAGACGAUGGCCUGGUCAGUUUGUGCCGAGGAUGCCACAAGCUGCAGGUCCUCUGCGUGUCCGGCUGCAGUAACAUCACCGAUGCCUCUCUCACUGCACUGGGACUCAACUGUCCCAGACUGAAGAUCCUUGAAGCUGCACGAUGCUCCCAUGUCACAGAUGCUGGGUUCACUGUGCUCGCCAGAAAUUGCCAUGAGCUUGAAAAAAUGGACUUAGAAGAAUGUAUUUUGGUGACAGAUAACACCUUGGUUCAGCUGUCAAUCCACUGCCCACGUCUGCAAGCACUGUCCCUGUCCCACUGUGAGCUGAUCACGGACGAUGGCAUCAGGGCUCUGAGCAGCAGCACCUGUGGGCAGGAGCGCCUCACGGUGGUGGAGCUGGACAACUGCCCCCUCAUCACCGACGUGACCCUGGAGCACCUGAAGAGCUGCCACCGUCUGGAGCGCAUCGAGCUCUACGACUGUCAGCAGGUCACCAGAGCUGGAAUCAAGCGCAUCAGGGCCCACCUUCCUGAAAUCAAGGUCCACGCCUACUUUGCCCCGGUGACCCCCCCCCCUUCCGUACACGGAGGCGGCCAGCGUCUGUGCCGCUGCUGCAUCAUCCUCUGACAGUGGAGAGCCAGGGGGGGCCACCUCUGUCUGCAGGUCCUGCUGCUCUGAGGGGGGG